AUGGAGACGGCCGCUGCCCAGAAAAACUGGCGAUCCCAGGCGAAAUCAGCUGCAACGUUGAAAGCAUUACCGGAUGGGUCAGCUAACCAAAGUGAGAAAUGGCAUCCUACUUCCAGUCAGGAUCUCCUCGUCGGUGAGGAGUGGUACGUGCCGCUGUCGAGGUUGCACAGAGGAUUCUAUGCCACUUCCUUGUCCACCAGACGAUCGGCUCUCCUGGUGAGAAAGCUCCUCGAGUUCGUGUUCUUCCAGCACUGGUUCUUCGGGAUCCGGGGGGCGCACGGGAUCCUCGAAGAACAGCCUAAACCUACCCUCGUAACGGAGGUGCCUUAG